UGUGGUGGAGGGCAAGCAUCGCGUAACUCACGUGGUUAUCCGUCUUGGCUCAUCAGUCCACCCGUCUCUCAUCUCCUGCUUUCACUAGCGGCUUCGCACCGCUGUGCGGCCUGCUGCUGUGCUCUUCCCAUCACUCGCUGCAUUCACGCGCAUCCGUCGCGUCGCAGCUUCGUAACGUUGCCUAGAAUUCGCCGUGUCGCAAGCCGCGGUCCUUUCACAUAACCUUGUGCGCAAGCGCUGCUCCCCGCUUCACGAAGAAACAGUGACUACGUAGCUUUCGAGAUUCCCCAGCAGCGGCGGUGCGCGUUGAGCGGUCAAGCCUAUCAGCAUAGCGCGGCAGCGCCGCGUGCAGCCAGCAGCGGCGUGCGCGCACGGCCGCCGCGCGGCAUCAUGUGGUUCCUGCUGUGGCCUGUGGCGGCUGCCGUGGGCGCGUGCGCCGUGUGCGCGGGCCACGCGGUGCUGACGAACCAGCUUCUGCAGCGGCAGCUGCGCGUCUUCCGCGUGGCCAUGCGCGUCUUCCUCGACUACAAGCUGACCCAGUACUACCUGACGUACGUUUGCGGCGCGCUGCUGCGCCUCCCAGUGGACGACGCGUCGCCGCGCUCCCUCGCCACGUGGCAGCGCGCGCACACGCGGUGCGCGGGGAGCGUGUACGCGGCGAUGGUGCGGCUGGAGGGGCUGUGGGUGAAGGUGGGGCAGUACCUCUCCACGCGCGCUGACGUCAUGCCCGCGCCCUACCUGGACCUGCUGCGGCAGCUGCAGGACACCCUGCCGCCCCGAGACAUGAAGGAGGUGCUGGGCACCAUCGAGGAGGAGCUGGGCAGCCCGCCAUCCCAGGCCUUUUCCUCCUUCGACCACCAGCCCCUGGCCACCGCAUCGAUAGCGCAGGUGCACCGUGCAGUGACGGCGAGCGGGCAGCAGGUGGUGGUGAAGGUGCAGCACGCAGGCGUCAAGGAGAAGAUCCAGCAGGACUUCAGGAACCUGACGACGAUCGUGGACUGGCUGGCAUGGGCGGAGCCCGACUACGACUUCAAGCCCGUGGUGGGCGAGUGGGCCAAGGAGGUCCUCAAGGAGCUCGACUUCAGGCUCGAAGCAGCCAACCUGGAGCGAGUGGCACGCAACUUCCAGCAGCAGGAGGUGGAGCAGGCGGGCAUGAGUGCAGCGGCGGGGGAGAAGAACAGCGCGCUGGCGGUGGAAGCCAGUGUGCCGGCGGUGGUGCGCGCCACGGAGCGCGUGCUCGUGAUGGACUUCGUGGACGGCGCGCGACUGAGCGACCUGGCCGCGCUGGACUCGCUGGGCGUGGACCGGCAGGCGCUGCUCAACCGCAUUGCACGCGCGUACGCACACCAGAUCUACGUCGGGGGGUUCUUCAACGCCGACCCGCACCCAGGCAAUUUCCUGGUGAGUCGGGAGGCGCCCCACCUGCCGGUGCUGCUGGACUUCGGGCUCACCAAGGCCGUCGACCGCCCCAUGCGCGUGGCACUCGCCAAAAUGCUGCUCGCUGCUGCUGAGGGCGACGUGGCGAUGCUGCUGAGUGCGUUCAGCGAGAUGGGGCUGAAGAUGCGCGUGGACCUGCCCGAGGACGCCAUGGCCGUCACUGCCUUCUUCUUCCGCAGGGCUGCUCCCGCCCCCGAGGCCAAGGUGGAGGUGGCGCGCAUGCGCGAGCAGUUCAAGUCGCGUGCCAAGCAGCUGGAGGAGCAGGCCAAGGCGGGGGGGGACGACGCUGCUGUCCGCCGCAACCCGGUGGACGCAUUCCCCGGGGAGCUCAUGUUCUUCUCACGCGUGCUCGCUCUGCUCAGAGGUAUAUCUGCCACACUAGACGUGCAUCUGUCCUACAUCGACAUCAUGCGGCCCUUUGCUGAGGCCGUGCUCUGCGCCGACAACCUGAUAGGCCCCCAGCGUCUGCUGUCCCCGUCGCCCGAGUGGGUGCGUGGCGUGUGCGCGCCCCCCUCGCUGCACCGCAAGCUGUGCGCGCUGCUGGCCGACCUGCUGCAGCAUGGCCGCCUCGUGGGCGUGCAGGUGUGUGCGUACAUGGGCGGCGAAGUGGUGGUGGACGUGGCAGCGGGGUUCCUGGGGCGGUACGACCCGCGGCCAGUGCAGCACGACUCGCUAUUUUCUGUGUUCUCCGCCACCAAGGGCGUCACCUCCGGCAUCAUGCACUGCCUCGCCGACCAGCGGCGGCUGCAGCUGGAGGGCAGGGUGGCGGAUAUAUGGCCGGGCUUCGAGGGCGAGGGCAAGCACCAAGUCACGGUGUCAGAUGUGUUGACGCACCGUGCAGGGCUGCCCAACGCCAUGUCAACCAGACUCAUGGUGGACCCCAUGCUCAUGUGCAGGUGGCGGGAGAUGCUAUCGCACCUGGCAGCAGAGGUCCCUGAGUCCCCUCCGGGCACGGUGGAGGAGUAUCACUACCUCUCCUUCGGAUGGCUCGCAGGGGGCAUCAUUGAGGCAGCAUCGGGGCAGUCGUUCCAGGAGGUGCUGGACGCCAUGCUCGCCCGGCCCCUAGGCGUGCGCGGGGAGUUCUACGUCGGCAUCCCCGCAGGUGUGGAGUCGCGCCUGGCGACGCUGUCGCUGGAGCGCUCUGACGUGCCUGACUCCGCGCAGGCCUCCGCCAUCAGCCGCCGCCUUGCUGAGGCCGCACGGCGCGAGGCGGCACACAGGGAGGACGUGCAGAGGGGCGGGCAAGAAGCCGGCACGCCGAGAGAGCAGGGCGUGGAGGGGGGUGGAGAUGGGGCGGAGGAAGAGUGGGAGCUGGUGGAGGGGAGAGGGGAGGAGGAAAGGGUGAGGGGGAAAAGCAGCAAGAAGGAUGCAGUUGGUGGGAGCACAGUGGAGAGGGAUCCUUCUGCAGCUGCCCAUGCUCACGCUGCCAGUUCCUCUCUCCAAUCGCCUCCACCCAGUGGUAACCCCGCCACCACCACCGACAGCAGCAGCAGCGGCGGGGGCGCCAAGGCAUCCAUUCCAUCGUCGGAGGAGAUGGCAGCGCGUGCAGCAGCGCUACCCCUGCUGUUCAACUCGCUCUUCCUGCGCCGUGCUGUCAUCCCGUCCGCCAACGGGCACUUCUCCGCACGCGCCCUGGCGCGCUACUACGCCACGCUUGCCGCCUCUGGCCUCAUCCCCCCUGUGCCAUCCUCCAGCGACCCCCCUCUGGGCACACACGCUGCAGAGCCGGCUGCUGUGGUGGGAGGCGAUAAGGAAGGUGGCGCGGGGGGUGCAGAGAGGGGCCUCAGCUUCACAAGGAGGGGGCAGAGGAGCAGGGGGCAGUGGUUGGCAGGAAUGGCAGGGUGGGUGGGGCAGGCAGUGGGCCGUGCAAAGCAGGCUGUUGGAGGUGUUGUUGGGGGGCUGGGAAGGCGCAGCGACCGGAGUAAGAAGGAUGAUGAUGAUGGUGCGCAUGCUGGUGCUGAUGUGGUUGCGGACUCGUGCGAUCCUUUCCUCCCACAGCCGCAGCAUGCCAAGGUCACAGGCUCGCUGCUGCCACUGGUGUCAGGCACCGUGGAUCCUCAUGGGGACCCGCCCAGCACAGGGCUGCCAGGGCGCCGCCUUUUUGCAUCGCCAGAUAUCGUGGAUGCAUGUCUCGGGGUGGGCCGCUACUCGCACCUCACACUGCCCUCCUCCUCCUUCGGCCUUGGCUUUGUGCGCUACAGGCCGAGUGGUUCCGCUUCUACCCACAGCCAUGCCAGUCAAUCUGCAGACGGCACAGCGGGCCACACCCAGGCAGCAGAAGCUGCUGUGGCGGAGGGUGGUCGUGAGACAAGCCAAGACGAUACGCCUGCAGCCUCCCAGCCUCCAUCAACCUCUUCCGCCUUCUUUCCCCACGACACCUCUCACAUGGCAGCCAGCCAGUCCCAAGCUGAUGCCUCCUCGUCCUCUCGUGCCGUCACUCGGCCAGACUCGUCCCCUGUGUCGCCUGAGCGGUGGGCGUUUGGGCAUGCAGGGCUGGGAGGGUCCACAGCCUUCUGUGAUCCCGAGCACAACUUCGCCCUGGCAGUCACGGUGAACCACCUGAGCGCGCGCCACGAAGCCACCAGCGCUAUUGUGAGGCUCGUGUGCUCAGAGCUGGGCGUGCCAGUGCCCAUGCAGUAUGAUGGACAGGGCCAUGCGCACAGCAGCACGCAGGGGCAGGCGAGUGGCAGCAGCAACAGCAAGAGCAGCAGUGCUGGAGAUAAAAUGCAGGACACACCGGACUCGAUGAAUGCGUGACCAGUUACCUGUCUUCUCACAUCCAUUUCACUCAUGAACAGUGCACAGCACAUGCAUUCCUUACCCACUCUAUAUUUCAUACAAAUUCACCGUGGAUAGGAAAACUCAAUGCCCACUAAACCGCAAAGAAACACCUAGCAACGCCAACCAACAAUUACCGUAAAUUCGGUAGAGCAAAACACCCUGCAAUAUUGGUAACCGCCGGGUAUGCACCACCCACCUGUUCGAUGUAGGAUUACUUAUACCUCUAUUUGCACUCUGUUUCUCGUUAAACCUCCAUUUACAAUGCAUU